GGGUACGGCUAAAGUCGUCACUUCUGCUGUUCCACAGACGUCAUCGCAGAGCGCAAACAAUGGCAACGUUCGGAGCUGUCCUUCUCGCAAUCCUGGCAUUCGCUGGUGGUUCGUCUGCCGCGAAGAUUUUGGUUAUUUCGCCGACCGCUUCGUUCAGCCACCAGUUGCCGUUUCACAUCGUGACCAAAGCACUCCUCGAAAGAGGACACCGCGUCACUUUGAUGACAACAGACUCUCCAAAGAUAAAUCAUGAAAACUACACAGAAGUGGACCUGUCAAUCUCUUACAAGCAUAUGCGUGGUGACUACGAUUUUGUGAAGAUGUCCCAAGAACCACCAACGGAGACGGUCAAAAUGUUGCGUGACUUUCCAAGAGCUUCAAUAGAACUGCAGAUGAGUGAUCCACAAGUUCAAAAAUUCGUAACUUCCGGUGAGAAGUUCGACCUGGUGAUCUUCGAGCGCCUCGGCUACCUCGCGUACUACGGCCUGAUCCAGAGGGUGGGCGCGCCGCCCGCAGUGGCCUUCAUCACGCUGUCGCCGCCGUCGUCCAUCUACCACGGCUUCGGGAACCCGAUGAACCCUGCCUACAUGCCCGAUAUGUGGCUCGGCUACUCGGAUCACAUGGACUUCUGGCAGCGCCUCUACAACACCUACUUCUACCUGAGGCUGAUGUACAUGUGGUUCUACGACCUGAUGCCCGCUCAAGAGCAGCUGAUGCACAAGUACUUUGGGUCCGAUCUUCCACCUAUCUACGAGAUGGAAAGGAACUUCAGCCUCUUAAUCAUUAACAACCACUUCUGCAUGGAGUAUCCCCGGCCACACCUUCCAAAUAUCAUCGAGCUGACCGGCAUACACGUUGCAACUGAGCAGAAGCCACUGCCAAAGGACGUGAAGAAAUUCCUGGACGAAGCAGAGCAUGGAGUGAUCUACUUCAGCCUGGGCUCUAACGUGCGCAGCAACUCGCUGCCAGACUGGAAGCGACAGGCAUUUGUGGAGGCAUUCCGCGAGCUGCCACAGCGCGUGCUCUGGAAGUGGGAGAGCGACACCCUGCCCGAUCAGCCAGCCAACCUUAUGGUCAGCAAGUGGCUGCCCCAGCAGGCCAUUCUGGCCCACCCUAAGGUGCGGGUGUUCAUCAGCCAGGGCGGCCUGCAGAGCCUCAACGAGGCGGCGUACCACGCCGUGCCGCUGCUGGUGGUGCCCUUCUUCUCCGACCAGGCCCACAACGCCGCCAAGGUGCAGCAGGCCCAGGUGGGGCUCUGGCUGGAGUACGCCGACGUCACCAAGGACGCUCUGCUGCGCGACCUCAGGGCUAUACAGCAGGACAGCAUGUACAAGGAGAACAUGAAGCGGCUGUCAGCGGUGUUCAGGGAGCACAAGGCGGACUCGGUGGAGCGCGCAGUCUGGUGGAUCGAGUACGUGAUGCGCCACAGGGGAGCGCCGCACCUGCGCAGCGCCGCCCUGGACCUCCGCUGGUGGCAGCUGCUGCUGCUCGACGUCAUCGCCUUCGUGCUGGCCGCCGCCGCCGCCGCCUCCGCCGCCGCCUACCUGCUGGCGAGGCGUCUCUUCAGCGGGCUCAGCGCCUGGAGGGUCAAAGCCAAAGUCGCCUGAACGCCAGCGUCUCCAGAACCGUGUCAUUUGUCCCGUACUAGCUGCAAAGUGGUGUCACAGUGGAGCCUUCUGAUAAUCCGUCUGCUCCACACGCCUCCCUGUGUAUUCUUUUCAACGUUGAUGGGGCUCUUUUACCGUCACCAAUCCAAAAAAAUACUGCAUAUCGUCGUCGUCCAGUAUGUGGUGUUGCAACUAAAUCAUCAGUAGUCAGGUGCUGUCGCGUGAGUCUCGUCCAGAGCAUUGCAGUCUGUGGCUAAUUUUAGUGCAAAACUUUGCUAAUGAUAAUCCCAAUUUCAUUCGUAGUUCAUACCAGUAAGAGUUUAUUCUGCAUCAGUGUGUCAGGUCUCAAAGCCAGCCCUACACAGCCGCUGGCUGUAUCCCUGGGCAGGAUGACAGAGCCUACUUGUAACCUGAGACAUUCGGGCUGCCGAGUACCGCACGCCCAGCAACAACACGUCACACUGGCUACAUUUCGUUUCAAACUGAGCGAAAGCUGCCCCACUUUGUUCUGCCAGCUGUCCGACGAGUACACUAGGGCGCAACAAUUACUGUAUCUGUUUUGCAAAGUACUCCCGUCGACACACACAAAUAUUUGCUCACUUAGCUGAAAAGUUGUUAUUCUUUUACUAGUUUAGCCGAAGACAGACAAAAACAAACCAGAGGCUGUAACUGAACAAAUUGAACAUCGCUUGCAAAUUGCUUUCCAUCGGGAGGAAUAACAUGUAAUCUGCAUAUACCUAGGAUUGGCGACAGGCACCACCUGUUAAAAGAAACGACGUCAAAAUACACAGCUACCAAAUAUAUACAGCCUAAAGUGGCAAAAAGAAGUGCUUGAGAAACACAUGUCUAGAAUUUGUGUAUGUAUUACUUCCAGU